CGCUUCCGAACGGAGCUCCACAAAGCCUGAUGCAAAUGAGACCGUCCGCGGCUCCGCCAGCGCUAGCUCCCGGGGGCGGAUCUGUUAAAUUUAUUUCCUUAUUUUUGUCAUGAGCCUGAACUUUCUGCGGCUGGAUGCGCUUCUGCAGGCGGGGGGGGAAUAGAAAUUGAAACUGAGGAUGCUGAAGAGAAAGGAAACCGGGCGGCCCUGCCCCAGCCGGAAACCCUUCUUAAACAGCGGCAGCCCAGCUGCUCUGCCGGCCGGCCGCCUGCUCUGGCCGGAGACUCCCGCUGCCUCCGCGGCUCCGCUAUCCGCCGCUGGCUAAAGCGGAGGAGGCCUAGAGCCGCCCAGCACCGCGCCAGGCUCCGGGGAGCAAGACGGUUCCUGCCCCGCGUACCUUCGCCUGGCUUUGUGAACUCGCACCAAUGGCCGGCAGGUACGUCGCGAGCUAGGACACAGCCUGCUCUAUGGCGCCUCCUGAGCCCGGGACCUACUUUUAGAAACUUUUCUGCGCGGAUUCUGUUUCGCUCGGCCACCGCCGACGAUGCCGAUGGCGAACGGCCUCUCCGUGCCGCUGGACCGCCUCCAGCGGCAGCUGGAGCUGUGCCUGGUGUGCUCCAAAUGCAGCGUGAAGGAAAACGAGAUCACCUACCAGCUGAAGGAGGUGGAGCACAAAUGCAUGUACGAGAUCCUCCUCGCCAGGUGCAGGGGCAAGAGGAGCACAGCCUGGAGGAAGGUCUCCAGGCGCCCGGGCUUCCCCAACCCAGCGCGCUACGCGGUCUGCCGGUACUACAACCUGGGCCUGGGCUGCAGCAAGCACAAGAACCAGUGCACCUUCGCCUGGAGCCCGGAGGAGGCGAUGGUGUGGAACUUCGAGCAGGAGCACGAGCUGGAGAGGCGCCUGCUGAAAGCCGAGGUCCUGCGGGCCCAGCUGGCCGGCUGCCCCAACGGCUUCCCGCCGCCGGACCUGGCCAGCCCCGCGGGGGACAUCGUGAGCGAGUUCGGGGGGCGCUUCCAGGAGGUCUGCAAACACUGCUUCUUUGGGAGUCCUCCGCAGAUCUCCGCGGGCGGCCCGGCCCGGCUCUGCGAGUACCACCGGACCUGGGACCCGCUGUUAGUGCACGUGGCGUCUGACAGUCGGAGGAAGAAGCAGUACACGGCCGUGCGGCCGUGCCCCGAGUUCCUCCCGUCCCUGAGCUACUGCCGGUACGUCUCCAAGGGCGAGCCGUGCAAGCACGGCCCGCAGCGGUGCCGCUACGCGCACAGCGACGUGGAGAUGGCCGUGUGGCAGGCGGAGAGGAAGCACGGCUUGGCUCGCCCGGACCUGCUGCCCGCCUCGGGGACGUGCGGCGAGAACGGCGAGCAGGCGACGCCCGCCCCGGCUCACUUCUACUGCCGGGUCUGCCUGGUGACCUUCAGCUCGCAGGAGAGCUUCGAGAACCACUGCUCCUCCGUGGAGCACAUGCAGAUGAUCUCGGCCGACACCACGGUCCAGUGGCUCCACCGCGCACCGCCUCUCGGGCUGACGAAGUUCUCGCUGUGCAGCAGAGCAGAGGCGUGCGAGUUCGGCGAUAGCUGCACCAAGGCCCAUUCCGCUGAGGAGCUGCAGGAGUGGAUCCAGAGGGUGAAGGUUGCUGUGAGGAAGAAGAAGCAGGCCCUGAAGGACGGGCUCUUGUCCUACCAGGAUCGGCUCAUCGCUGAGUACCAGAAGUGCUCCAACGAAGUGUUCAUCAUGGCUGAGCAUGUCGACGGUGUUACGGUUAUGUGUGAGCAGCCCCUGCACGUGCAGUCGGAGGACAGGAGGAUGAAACACAGGUGGAAGUUCAGAGUCCACUCCCAGGUGCCUCUGAAGCAUGUGGCGCUUCUGAAGAGGGAACCUGGAGUCACCUUCUACCUCUCGGGGGAUGGAUUUUCACGGGGCCUCCACUACAUCAGGGGGGAGCACUUGAAAGCUCUGCCCUCCUCCCCACACACGUUCGUGGUGGAGGUUUGCAUGGAGUGCUGCACGCUGGGAGUUUUCGAGCAGUGGGUGGUGUUCGACUUUGACAGCCGCCCUGUCCUCAUCCAGAAGAUCCGGGCCAAGGUGGGCCGGCGGGAGCUUCCUUGGCAGAUCCCAGCCAGCAGAGAGAGUAGCCGUCCCGUGAACUUUGUGCGGUGGCACAGCGGUAACCGGGUCAUCAUUCCCAGUGUGCCGAGGACCAGCGAUGAGGUGGAUCUGCUGGCCAAGUACAAACCACCUGCUCUGUCUCUGGACUUUCGGCAUGAGGGCUGCGCGAAUGUUCCCAUCACCCGUCUCACCUAUAGGGACAGGAUGCACAGCUUCCUCUUCCGGGAGGAAGAAGCCGAACAGGCUCUCAUUGCCAGACUCAACCUCCGGGUCUCCAUCGUGUUGACCCAGAUGCUGCAAAGCCUUUCCGUGGGAAUGAAGUGUGCCCUGUCUGGAGAGCUGUUUGCUGAAGUGCCUACUCCUUACAACCUCUCGCCAGACACGGACGAGGGGUAUCUGCUGAACAGGUCGGUGCCCAUUGCUUUCCUGGCACUUGACCCACCAGUAGACAAUCGGGUUUAUGAGGUCAAUGUGGAGAAUAAAGCCACGACGGAGAAGACCAUCUGGCUACAGAUACCAAAGAGAUGCUGCUCUGAGUUGAACUUCAAGCCAAACACCUCCUACAAUGUGGAGAUCCAGUUCCAAAUCGACCGGCUGCUGUUCCGGCAGUGGCACCACGCUGUUGACCGCCUGUUGGAUGAGAAGCUGGUCCUACCUGAUGUUGCCAGUUGUUCUAUCCCCUAUUCUCCUGAGCUACCACAGAAAGGGAACAGCAAGCAGAAACUAGCCAUCUCCUUCAUCACGGGCAAAGCAAUCAGCAGCCGGCAGGUCCCACCUCUUCUGAUCUAUGGGCCUUUUGGCACGGGGAAGACGUUCACCUUGGCCAUGGCCACCAUGGAGAUCCUCAGGCAGCCCAACACGCGGGUGCUGAUCUGCACUCACACUAACAGUGCUGCUGACAUCUACAUCCGGGAGUAUUUCCAUAACUACGUAACCAAAGGGCGACCAUGGGCGGUUCCCUUGAGGAUUAUAUCCACUGACCGUCCCAUCAACCUGACGGACACCACCACCCAGAUGUACUGCUGUCUCUCUGCGGACCAGCGCUCCUUCAGGCACCCCACGCGGGAGGAGAUUGACAGGCACCGCAUAAUUAUUACCACCUCCAUGUUAUCUAAGAACCUGAAGGUGCCUCCGGGUUACUUCACUCACAUCAUGAUCGACGAGGCUGCUCAGAUGCUGGAAUGCGAAGCUUUGGUUCCGCUCUCAUAUGCCACUUUUGAGACUCGGAUUGUCCUAGCUGGGGACCACAUGCAGAUAACCCCAAAGCUGUUCUGCGUUGGAGAUGGACAGGCUGCCGAUCACACCCUGUUAAACCGACUCUUCCAGUUUUACCAGAAGGAGAGGCAUGAAGUGGCUGUGAAGAGCAGGAUCAUCUUCAAUGAGAAUUAUCGUUCCACUGCAGACAUAAUUGAAUUUGUCUCCAAGCACUUCUAUGUCGGCAAAGGCAAUGCUAUCCAAGCCAGCGGGAACAUCCCACCCCACCCAGAAAUCUACCCGCUCAUGUUCUGCCACGUGCCUGGCAUGGCUGAGAGGGAUAUGUCCAUGACUUCCUGGCACAACACCUCAGAGAUAGCGCAAGUGAUUGAGAAAGUGCAGGAGCUAUUCGAGAAGUGGCCAGACGAGUGGGGUGUCCAAAAUCUGAAGAGGAUCUGUGUGGUCUCCCAUGGGACGCAGGUUUCUGCCACAAGGCAAGCGCUGAGGAAGAAGCACCUACAAGAUGUGGUGGUAGAAAACUACGAAAACUUGCCAGGGCGGGAGUUCCGGGUCAUCAUCAUCAGCACGGUCCACACCAGCGAGAGUCUGCGCAGCUCUGCCUCCCACCACCUGGAGUUCUUCAAUGAAGCCAGAGUGCUCAACACCAUCAUGACCAGGGCUCAGUCGCUGGUGGUUGUGGUGGGCGAUGCCGUGGCCUUGUGCUCCCACGGCCGGUGCAGCAAGGUGUGGAAACGCUUCAUCCAGGAGUGCAUCGAGAAGGGGACCGUGACGCCGGAGAACCUGACAAUGGCGCAGAUCAAACAGGCUGCGUGUGACAAGGAGAGCUGGAGCAGGAGGAGCCCGGAGAGGGAUGAGGAGGACAGCGACACCGAUUCCUGGAGCUCUGAGGCUGAUAGCAUAAAUCCCGAUGAUCCAAUUCUCCAGGAGCUCUUAGAUGAGAGCAAGAAUGUCCUGGUGACAGUGUCCGAAGAAGGGCUGCUGAACGUGAAGUCUGACGCUUCAAACCGGUGGGAAGACACCCAGGAAUAUGUCAACUUCUCCUCUCAGAUGAUGCAGGAGUAUCUCCACAUGCACCCCAAAAUGUACAAGAGGUGCGAGCUGAUCAAAGAGGGAUUUGACAAAGCUUCUGCCUUCACCCUCAAUGACUUCCCUGCUAUGACCAUUCAGAUUAAAGGCAGGGUUCACUGCGGGACGGCCUUCACUGGGGAUGAAGUGCUCGUGGAAAUCCUGCAGAGCAGCACGGCCGACAGUGGCAGCCUCCGCCCUCAAGGGAAGGUGGUGGGCAUAUUAAAGCGUGCCGAGAAAGAACGGACCUUUAUCUGCAUGAUGGACGAGUUCGAUCCCCGGGUGAUGAUACCCAUUGAUCGCACUGUCACCAAAAUAUUUGUCCCAGGGCUGAAAGAAAAACCAAAUGUCAUUCCCAUCCGCAGGCUUGUCAAUGGGAAGUACAGAGUGGUCAGCUGUGAGAAGAUCGUCCAGGAGACAAGGAGAUGCCAGCUCUUCUGUGUCCAGAUUAUCUCCUGGCGAGAAGGGUUUUACUACCCUUUGGGGAUAAUAACUGAGAUUCUGCACGUUGCGUUGACAUUGGAAGCAGGCCUAAAGAUCCUUGACAUGGAGUAUGGUUUGGAAAAUAAAUAUCCAGCUGUCGUUACCAGGGAAUUGGCCAAAUACACCUCCAGCAAACCGAACCUCAUCAAGGAAAACCUGAAGGACUGUCGGAGUUACCUGACCUUCACUGUUGACCCCCAAGGUGCUAAGGAUUUAGAUGAUGCUGUCAGCGUUAGGGAUCUGGGAGGCCAUUAUGAGAUCGGGGUCCACAUUGCAGAUGUGGCUGGCAUCAUUCCCAAAGGCAGUGUCUUGGACGUGGAAGCAAAGAAACGGGGCACCACGUAUUACGCUCCCGACCGGGAGCCACUGUGCAUGUUCCCACCCCAAAUUAGCCAGGAAAUCUGUAGCCUCCUGCCGCAGGAAGAGCGUCGUGUGAUCUCACUGUUUGUCACCGUAGAAAAGAAGACUGAUACGUUGAUAAAGGGAAUCUUUGCCAUGUCUGUGAUCCGCUCAGACAGGCAGCUCUCCUAUGAAGAGGCAGAGCUCUUAAUUAAGAACCACUACAGGGGAGAGGCAGAUGCCCUUCACUUUGACACCCUGGAGGACUGCAUCGCUGUGGCUUAUCACUUCUCCAGGAUCCACCGGAAGUUUCGGCUGCAGGAUGACUGUUUCUACGACCAGCUAGAUGAGGAAAGCUCCCCAGGUAACAGAGGUUCCCAUCAAAUGAUAGAGGAGUUCAUGAUCAUGUUCAACAGUUUCGUGGCUGAAUUCCUCACCAACCAGGAGGACACCAGAAAUGUCACUCCUCUCCGGUGUCAGAGCGAGCCAAACCCUCAACAGUUAUCACUCAUGAGAAGCAAGUACAGCCACAUCAUUCCUUUGUCCAUCCAUCUCUCACACCAUCUGGGAGAUGUGCUUCCCAGUCAAGUUCCAUCCGCUCCAAAAGAUGUGGAGUUCGGCAUCCUGGCCCCGCUUUGGGAGCACCUACGGUCAGCCGCUAAUGUCUGCGAUUUCCACAAGAUGCUAGACCUUAUUGUCACUGAUGACAUCCACCCGAAGCUGGCCCCGGUGGCACUGGAGUUCAGGAGACUGCUCGGCCGCUCUUAUUUCAGUCGCUCCAACUCCACUGCGCAGUCAAAAGCAGGCCAUUACUCCUUGCACGUUGACUCAUACACCUGGGCUUCCUCUCCCAUCCGCCGAUACAUCGAUGUGGUGGUCCAGCGGCACCUGCAUUCUGUGCUCCACAAGAAGCCAAUUGCCUAUUCUUUGGAGGACAUUGAAUUUCUCUGUCACGACUUCAACAGGAAGAAUUCCCGGGCUGGGACGUAUGAGAAGAGGGCCCACUGCCUGCAGAUGGCCACUCAGCUGAAAUCGCAAGUCCUGCAGAAGGUUGCCUUUGUAGUGGAUAUCGAAGGGAUGAACAAGUACUUUAAGGCCUUGUUUCCACUGAACAGAGAGACUCUUCCGGAUCCUCAGUUAAUUAACUACAGGGCUCUUCAGCUAGUAGAGCAGCCCAUGUUCAUCGUGGAGCGGAACAGCAUGAGGCUAAUGUGGAAGAGGAGGGUGUAUUCUGUGGAGACGAUGAAGGAGCACAGCCUGAAGCAGGGGCCUCUCUGCGACCGCAGCGUCACCCUCUUCAGUGCCCAAGUCUGGAAAAACGUGCUCUCGGCCAUCAAAAGUGAGGAGUUUGAGAAUGUGGCCCCUCUCCUUCAGAAGGGUGAGAAUCGCCACAAGCGGCAGGUGGGGUGGAUAAGGAAAAGCCCAUGCUUGCACUACGUGGAGCUGUCCCUGGAGCUGAGCGCUGGUGAUGCUCUGCAGUUCCAGCUCACCACAGAUGUUUUCCGGGGAUUCCUGGUGCCCUUUGUGCAGCUGUGGUGUGUGACGCCAGGGUUCGACAUCUGUCUGCAGCACACGGAAAAGCCCAUCGAUUGCUUCUCCGCGUAUGCUACCCAGUCAUCCAAAGACAAGUACAAACACGCAGUGGAGUAUGACAAAGUGUGGAUGCCAAUGAGCGCCAUGGAAUCCGCUUCGUGUGCGGUGGCUGAAAAUGACUCCAUUGUCCUCCAAGAUGUCAAAAUAACCUGGGCAAAGCAAAGGACAAGCAAAGGGCAGCUGCAAGGGACCUUCUCUCUAACCAAAAGCUUUUUGGAAGAGUGCUCCAUUGAAGUGGACUUCAACCACUGUUACCUGUGCAUUCGCUUAAGUGGGCUGGACCUUAGGAGCUUUAAAAGCAAUGAGGAAUGCCUUAGCCACGGCCUCCAGAAUCUGACUUUGUUUAACAAGGGCAGGUCAGAAAGCAAACUUGUGGUUGACCCAGGUACGUACACCUGGGUGGCUCAUGGGCUCACUGAAGAGUUUGGUGCCGAAGAGUUUGGUGCCGAAGAGAGGUCGGACAAGAGUACUGAGCAGACUUUGAAUUUUUACAUCCACCAUAUGUCUAUGGAGAAUAUUCCCGUGGAAAUCUCACAGGAUUCUGCCAGGUUCACAGUGGAGCUCAUUCCAAAGAUGUUGCCAGAUGUACGGAAAGAAAUUGCAAUUUGGAAGCUCAAGUAUGCCUCCGACCUUGCUAAAAGCAUCGCACUAAACCAUGAGCCUCCUACAAAAGUGAUAACAUCCAAACUCCUGCUGCAGAAAACCUUUGAUCUCCCUGGGAGUCAAAGGAAGCUCAACCAGAGUCAGAACCAGGCAAUUUUAAAUGCUCUGCGGAAAUCCUUCACGCUCAUCCAAGGCCCACCAGGCACAGGGAAAACCGUUGUUGGAACUCACAUUGUCUACUGGUUCCAUAAGCUGAACCAGGAGAUCAUUGAGAAGGAACAACCACAAUCCUUGGAUGAAGGAGAGGGCAAAGCGAACAAGUGCAUCUUAUACUGUGGCCCAUCCAACAAGUCUGUUGAUGUUGUUGCUGAGAUGCUGCUGAAGAUGAAGGGCCUGAGACCAUUGAGGGUUUACGGUGAGGCGAUUGAGACGAUAGAAUACCCAUACCCGGGGAGCAACCGGCACCUCUCCCGAAAAGCCUUGAGGGAUGCAAAACCGAAGCAUGAGCUCAGUGAAAUAAUCCUGCAUCAUCGAAUCCGACGGCCGUCCAACCCUUUAUCGCAGAAGAUCUGUGAAUUUGAUGAACGAGUGAGGAGAGAAGAUCAGAUAUCAGAAGAAGAGAUUAAAAGGUACAAAAAUGUGUUGUCAGCUGCACGUGCCUACGAACUAGCGUGCCAUGAUGUGAUCCUGUGCACGUGCUCGGCCGCAUCUGCCCCCUGCCUGGAGAAGCUGAAUGUUAAGCAGAUCCUCAUUGACGAGUGUGCCAUGUCCACGGAGCCCGAGACCCUCAUCCCCUUGGUCAGCCAUAAGCAUGCGGAAAAGGUUGUUUUGCUUGGAGAUCAUAAACAGCUGCGGCCUGUAGUCAACAAUGACUUCUGCAAGAGUCUUGGCAUGGAGACGUCUCUUUUUGAGCGCUACCGGAAUCAGGCUUGGAUGCUGGAUACGCAGUACCGCAUGCACAAAGACAUUUGCAAGUUCCCAUCCCAGGAGUUUUAUGAAAGGCGGCUGAACACGUGCCCUCAGCUUUCUCGUAAAGCCAGCGUCCUCUACCACAAAGACAACAUGUGCUGCCCGAUCAUCUUUGGGCACGUAGAGGGGAAGGAGCAGAGCCUCAUGAUUUCUACCGAAGAGGGAAAUGAGAACUCCAAAGCUAACCCAGAAGAAGUGGAACAGGCGGUGAGGAUAGCCAAGCAGCUGACGCUAGAUGGCACCAUCCGGCCGGAGAGCAUCGCCAUCCUGAGCCCCUACAACGCCCAGGUGUCCGAGAUCGGCAAGCGCCUCUUGAGGGAGGGCAUCCGCGGAGUCACCGUUUGCACCAUCAUGAAAAGCCAAGGAAGUGAGUGGAGAUACGUGAUCCUGUCGACUGUACGCUCCUGUCCCCGAUCAGAGAUUGAUAGGAGACCCACAAAAAGCUGGCAGAAGAAGUUCCUGGGAUUUGUUACUGACCCAAACCAGGUUAAUGUCGGCAUCACACGAGCUCAGGAAGGACUCUGCAUUAUAGGAAACCGUUACCUCCUGGAAUGCAACCCGCUGUGGAAGAGGCUGCUUCAGCACUACCUGCAGCACAACUGCUAUACCACAGGCCAAGGUAUUUUUGUCAGGAAGACUUCAGCCCUCCGCCGAUAAGAACGGAUUAUACCUCGACGAGCUCGUCUCUGCCUGAACCGUGCUAUGUGUGCCUUGGGGAGUGAUGCACUCUUUCCAUUAUUCAAACAUUACGCAUUGAGCAAAAUGCACUGAGAGAGCCUAGACCUUUCCUUGCACGUUGACAGCUCCAGCUUCAGUGUGUGCUUUGGGUUUCUGGGUUUUUUGUCAGUGCGACUUUGGACAGGAACUUUCAGCUCUAGCAAACCAAAAAGCAAUGGAAAUGGAUGAAUGGGCUUGUGACUUUACUGGUGAUGUUGUUAUUUUUUUAAUCGUAAGAUGCUCAGCGGAGCCGCCAUCCUAUCUCUUUGUGCAGCUAUGCUUUGGGGACCAAAUCCGCGUUCCAUUCGUCAAAAGCUGAGUGACUGCACGCAACAGAUCUGUAAGGCAAGCUGUGAUUUGCCAUACAGGACCAAAGCUUCUGAGUUUUACUGCUAGUUUUAAAACCAAGGCCAGGGAAUUUUAAAGGCUGCUUAUUUCUCGAAGCAGAAAAACUUUUUUUUAAGUGAAGGAAGAAAGCAAGAAGAGAACCAUGUAACAUUCUUUAUCUAGCCAAAAUGCUGUUCUCAGAGCUUGUAAAUAUCACGAGCCAAGGCCAAGUCGAUUUUGUAAAUAGAUUUGCUUAUCCUUUGUACAAAGGAGGUUAUCCUCACCAUAUAAAGUUAAUGAAAACUGAGAACUGUUCCUACCAGGAAACUUUGAAAUUUGUAAGUGUAUUUUAAACUGUUCUGGGUUUUAUUUGAAAUUUUCUCUUCCUGUAAGAAACCCUUUUCCUACCCCUUAUUUUUUUAAAGCUGCUUCUAAUUUAUUAACUUUUAACUCUGUGAACUUUGUCUCACAGUCGAUGGCCUGAGCUUUUAAGAGCAGUGUUGGAAACUUGAUAAAUGUAUCACGACAUAUAUGUGUAUAAUGUAUUUUUUAUUUUUAUUUUAAGUAACCAAACUGCUGUGAACUGGAAAUUGUGAUUCACUAGAGAAGGCUGCAUUUGCCCCUAACUUACAGCUGAUACAGAUGUAUAGUGGUGAAGCGGUGCUCCCUCCUGAAUCAUGGAGUUGCUUUUUGCAGCGCGGUAGUUUUGGGGGGAGUGCCUUUUAUCUCGUUCCAGUUCUGAAUGUAUGAAGUGCCUGCCUCAGCUCUCCCCGACACCAAAUGCGUGACUGUCUCUGGAUGUUCACAUGGGAGUGAGCCAAAAUGCAAUCACAGCAUUUUUUUUGCACCAAAUGUAUAUUGUGCUGGGACAAGAGUCAUCCCUGGCAUAAAUGAUGGGUCCCCAUGACUUCACGGUAUAAUGGCAGGGAUGAAUUUGGUCCUGUAUUUGCACUGAAAAUGCAGCAUGGCUCUCUUCCCAGUGUGAAGGAAUGUGCAAUAAGAAAGCACUGUGUCUGGAAAAAUCCAUUUGUAAUGCUGUGUUCCUUUUCAUGCUCUGAUUCUGUGUUAAACUUGACUCAAAAACCUAUGGAGAAAAUUUGUUCCCCUCUUCCUUAUUUUAAACUGCCUUCCUGCACCUCUACGUUUGGAUUUGAUCUGUACGCUAGAGACUACCUAGUAACUCCACUGGUUCUAAAGAUGCUUGAUAAAAGCUAGUAAGAUAUCAAGUCAGAGGUUCAUUGUUCCUCCCUGGAGCCAUUGCACCCUGAAUCUUAAGCAUUUCACACCAGCCUUGUUUUGCAAAUAUUACUGCAAUUCUAAAAUAAGCUUGUAUGGGCAUCAUUUUGUGGACUACUGAAGUGCAGUCAUCUCAGAGGCGGUGUGGAGAAUCGCAGAAGGUGCAGACAUCCUUAGGUUAAAUACUUCAGCAGUCAGCAGACAGUUUCACAAACUCAUCCUGCUCCCUUUAGAACCAGUGGGACCCAUUUUCAUCGUCUGAUGUAAAUGAAGAGUCCCUCCCUUGUUUUUUCUGAUGGUUAUUUCAUCACAUCUAAUACAAAUGAGGAGACUUGCCUCAAGGCUAGUGGCUUAGUCUAAUACUCGUGUGUGGGGUUUGGCCAUGCGUUUGUAUAGACCAAGAAACAGACCUCCCCCAGAGCACUUCCCUUCGCUCUCACCGGAGAAAAAAUUGUUUACUGCUACUCCUUGGAAGGUGAAGCCUAGAGUGAAAUGCUUUGUUGAGUCACUUUUGCAUUGCAAGACAAUACAUUGAUUUUUGUCUCUGAAGAUGCAUUUUAUAACUCAUGUUUAGAAAAUGCUCCCCUAAACCCCACAAGCAGCAGUGACAGCCACUGGCCUGGGCUGUUUGUGCUGUGCGCAGGUAACUGCAGAGUUGGUGACGUAGCUGCAACAGUCAGGGCUAGCAGAAAGUGCAAUUAAUUGAACAUUUUGUAGACUGUUAAUGAUGACUGAAUAUUGUGUAUGGAUAUUGUGUUCCUGUCUUCAUCAUAGAAUCAUAGAAGUUAAUAGAGAAAAGCUCAAAGUGGUCUGGUUUUAUUUGCACACAAAGCUUUGAAUUUACUUUUGAAAGAAUUUUAUGUGAAAGCAAAUAUUCUUAAAGUACUGAAAACAAAACAAACCCCACCAAAACAACAAAAAGAUCCUUUUGUAAUUCCAGUAGGAAAUCACUGGCAACAUGGUGCACGGGCUUGUGCGAUCACAGACUCUACGCUUUUGCAGCUCACAGACACAAGAACCCUGUUUUGGGGACACACGUGUAUUCAUCCAGCAGAAUGACUUAAUUCCUCUGCACUAGCUAGAGCUCAACCCCGAGUUAAACAACAGGGACCUGCGCACACAGCAAGCGGUGCUGCAGGCUCUGGUCUGUGCUGCGACCAGUCUGUGAUCGCAGAAAUCGCCCUGCAUCCUGCUCUGACUUGCGGUGAAAUUACAGACAUACAGAACUAGGAAAAGUCUUUGGCUUCAGCUGGCAAAGGAGAAGCCCAAGGGAUGGUUUUGGAGGAUUUGGACAGAUCUGCGUAGGAUGAUCAAUUUAUUGCAAUAAAUUGUUUUUUAAAUAGAAAUGAAAUGUUAAGUGUCAUGAAGUGUAAAUUAAGGAACUUUAAAUGUGGCAGGUUUUUAUCUUUUGUAUGUCUGUGACUUGCAGCAGACCUCAGACUGCAUUUUGGAUACAAAUAUUUUUUACCUGCUUCUAGUGUUUGUAAGAAUGAACCUCAACAUUCCUUUUUGAUAUUUAAGCCAUAAUUGUAAAAAUGAUUUGAAUUUAUUUAAAUAAUAAAGUUUAUUACUAAAAGGUC